UAGUCCCGCCAGUUUAACGCGGGCGCUCGGACGUUACCGCUGUGCCUGCGCGAACGAAACGCACGCAAUUCGAAAUUCGAACGCGCGUGAAAAUUGGAACUUCCGAAUUUUAAAUUACAAAAAUGGUCAAAACCAAAGACGGAGACGGGAUAAAAAGCAACCUGAUUAUAACGGAAGUACAAAAGAGGCCUUGCCUGUUUGAUUCUAACCAUCCUAAUAAUGGUGACAGGGCUGAAAAGGCAAGGUGCUGGGAUGAGGUGUACGCGAGCGUGGUUCCUGGGUACGCAGCUCUCGGGCUCACGGAGAAGUUUGCGGCUGGCAAAGAAGUCCAAAAAAGAUGGCGCUCCAUACGAGACUCUUACACCAAGGCGUACCGCCAGGGUAAAUGCGUACCCGCGGAACAGUGUACACCCGGUAGCCGGCGGUACCAGUACCACGCCCAGAUGUCGUUCCUGCUUCGAGCGCUGAAGAACAAAAAACCAAGAUACUCCCAAGACAAGUACGAGUCGUUCUCAGAAAUCUCCAAUUCACCACAGCACCCGCCUCCAGAGGACCCGCCGUUGCCUAAAAUAAAGCACGAAGUCAUCGACAGACCUCUAGACCUCAAAACUAGACCUGAAAAACCUACACAGGACAAAAGCAAUCAGGCUACCAUGCAAGAGAAAAAUUCUUUAGAAAUCAAAAUAGACGCCAACUCAAUAUUACCUGACGACCAUUUUGACGAUGACAAGCUGUUUAUGAACUCUUUACUUCCUCUAUUUAAAAAGAUGGACGAUGACACUAGAUUAUUAUGCCGCAUAGAAGUUUUAAAAAUAAUAAGAUACGCCCUAAAGGGUCAUAAGUGUUUUGAAGCGUUGAGAAUAGCGGAGGAUAGUUUUUUCAGAGACAGAAUGAGUGGGAUUUUGGCUAAGCAGGAGGCUAUGGAAGAAAUUAACGCGCCUAAAUCUACGUUGUCUAUGACUACUCGGUCAGCUGAUGGUAGCAGGCCGGUUAGGAAACGAAGAAAUCGUUCUCCGUCUCCACUGCCAAUGCCAGCGAAAAGAAGAGGACCCGGCCGCCCUAGAAAGGUCCGCCCGCCUCCGUCUGAUUCCGAUGAAGAGCAAUUGUCAAAGAAACGCGGCCCCAAGAUGAAGGUGGUCCCUCUAGAGGUCCCUAGAAUGUCAGAGAUGGACGAGUCGCUCAGUAAAGCGACUAGCGUAGCUCAGCUCUCCACACCACUCUUCAUGAAGAUGUAUAACCUAGAACGCUCAAAGACGCCCACAGCACUCCCCAAUCCACAGAACAUGCAAGUUUCCAUUAAAACGGAACCGGUGGACGAUCAAGGUUAUUAGACUCUAAUGCGAUGAGUUAAGGCUCAAAUUGAUUGUGAUUUCACAUUAUUGUUAUUGGAGGUACACGGAUUUCACCCG